AUGGUAACUGCUCCCUCCUUCACAGAAGAUCCAGCCAUGUCACCACCUGCUACCCCAGAGCUCCAUCAAGAUGAAGCACGGGUGCUAGAGGAGCUGUCUGCCAAGGGGAAGCCCAGUCUGAGUUUGCAGAGGAUCCAAAGCCCAGGGUCAGGGCUCCAGAACAUAGGCAACAGCUGCUACCUGAAUGCAGUCCUGCAGUGCUUGACACACACACCACCUCUUGCCGACUAUAUGCUGUCCCAGGAGCAUUCUCAGAGGUGUUGUUACCCAGAAGGCUGUAAGAUGUGUGCUAUGGAAGCUCAUGUGACCCAGAGUCUCCUCCACUCCCACUCAGGAGGUGUCAUGAAACCCUCCGAGAUAUUGACCUCUACCUUCCACAAGCACAGGCAGGAAGAUGCCCAUGAAUUUCUCAUGUUCACCUUGAAUGCCAUGCAUGAAUCCUGCCUUCGAGGGUGCAAGCAAUCAGAAACCUCCUCUAAGGACAGCUCCCUGAUCUAUGACAUAUUUGGAGGCCAGAUGAGAUCUCAGAUCAAGUGUCACCACUGCCAGGGCACCUUAGAUUCCUACGAUCCCUUCCUGAACCUCUUCCUGGAUAUCUGCUCUGCUCAGAGUGUGAAGCAAGCCUUGGAGGACUUAGUGAAGCUAGAAGAGUUGCAGGGGGACAACGCCUACUACUGUGGUAGGUGUAGAGAGAAGAUGCCAGCUUCUAAGACCACGAAGGUUCAGACUGCCUCAAAGGUUCUCCUGCUAGUGUUAAACCGCUCCUACGAUUUCGGGGGUGACAAGUUGAACAGGGUAGUAAGCUACCCAGAGUACCUUGACCUGCAGCCAUACCUGUCACAGCCAACUGCAGGACCCCUGCCUUAUGCUCUCUAUGCCGUCCUGGUCCAUGAUGGGGUGACUUGUUCCAGUGGACAUUACUUCUGUUAUGUCAAAGCCAGCCAUGGGAAGUGGUAUAAGAUGGAUGAUUCUAAGGUCACCAGGUGCGAUGUGUCCUCUGUCCUGAGCGAGCCUGCCUAUCUGCUCUUCUAUGUCCAGCAGACUGACCUUGAGAAGGUCAAUGUUGAUGUGUCUGUGGGCAGAGUACAUGGGGUUCUUCACCCUGAAUCCCAGCAGAAGAAAACGCGGAAGAAAAAGCACAAGAGAAGCUCUUGCACAGAAGCUGUAUACAUGCCCCGAGAAAACAGGGAAAAUACAGCCACCAAAGAAACCUCCUUAGGGGAGGGGAAAGUGCUUCAGGAACAGAACCACCAGAAAGCUGGGCAGAACCUCAAGACUACCAAAGUCAAUUUUCAGAGGUGGGACUUGCAGAGACUAGGGCAAGUAGAUAGAACCCACCUACUGUUACCUCGGGAACAGAACCACCAGAAAGCUGGGCAGAACCUCAAGACUACCAAAGUCAAUUUGUCAGCCAACGGAACUGUGAUUCAUCAGCCCAGAUAUACCGCAAACUGGGGCAGGAAUGCUCCAGACAAGGACGAUCAACCAGGGCACAGUGGUGACAGACUCCUCACCACUCAGGGCUCCAUGAACACUGGGCAGCUCUGUGGUCAUGGAGGGAGCCAAAGAUCUAAGAAGAGGAAGAACAAGAACAAGCAAGGGCAGAGGCCUCUGCUUGUUUGCUAG